AAUUUGAAGUCCUAAUAAAACCACAAGAUACCACAGUAAUAACACAGUAAUACCACAAGAUGGCAUCAUACAAUAAGCACUCACUAGUAGGCCUGUAGGCCACCUAGUGGAAAUGGAUUGUAUUACCUUUAUAAAGAGAGAGCUGACUAUAAAUGGCACAUUUGGCUCCAGUGUAACCAACCAAGGACCUGCAGGGACCACAGUGACACAUGACUGUCCGGUUCUGGUGUGGGCCAGUGGUUUUCAAAGUGGGGUCUGGAGACUUAGCCAGGAGCUCAGUGUGUAGUUAACGCUCAUGAAAUUAACUCACCAGGAAUACUGACAAAUUUGUUCAACAUAUCAGUCUUACCAUUUUAAUCUAUCAUAAGGGUCCCUAGGGGGAAAAAAAACUUGAAAAUGGACCAGUGGAGGUGAACUUUGGGAUUCAGAACAUAGGAAAUUUGACAGCCCCUGUUACAGGAGUGGCUGGGUGAGAUGGAAGUUACCCCUCUCACCCGGCUGCCCAUGAGUGGGUUAUUACAUGGCUCAUUGUUCUGCUGAAGUGUUGUCUAAAUUACAAAGCAGAACUGUAGUGCAGAUGACCUAGAUAACAUGAAUUUUCCUCAAUCUACUGUAGUCCCGAGAUUUGUAGUACAUUAAUCAGUAGCAAACACCACUUUUGUCUGCUUUUUCCAAAGGAUUCAGAACCAUUUGAAUGGCAAAACAUUUAAUUUGUGAAGAGUGGUGUGUGAGCCAUCCACAUGUCUUGGGCAUAAUGCUUCCUCUUGGGCCCUGAAAUUUUAGGGUGGAGCCACAUGGAGUUCCUCUUAGUCCUCCUCUGUUCUAUCAGUUUCCUUCACAUGAUCACACACUUGUGACUGGCUGUGAGAGUGUGUACUGUCAUGGUUUGCAUCACUGAAUCCCCUCAGACUCAAAUCUAGUUUCUCCGGACAACCUGAAAAUGAUGGGGAUGCAGUAUCUGGCUUGUGUGUGUGCACUCUUCAUUACGCAGAACACACUCGUGUGUGGUGAGAUUCAGUUCCUGGAGCGCUAUGUGGGAGAAUCUGUGGUCUUUCCCUGUGUGUUUGAGGAGACCGAGGACUUGCCCUUCGCUGUUUCCCUGAAACGCAGUUGGCUCAAUCCUGGAAAUGUGCUGUUCAAGCUCAGCAACGAAAACUUUUCUCCGCACAACACUGAUGAUGACAAGCGCCUCAGUGUGAGCGGAGACCCCAGCAGCUCCUGGCUGAACGUGACCAUGUCUGAGCUCAGGCCCUCUGACACAGACCGCUACUACUGCGAGUUUCUUGUGGAAAAGUUUCCUGUUGACAGAGAAGUACGUGGCAAGACUGAAUUCUUCCUCUACGUUACUACUGAUUCUCCUGGGUCAGCUGAAGUAGUGCAGGUAGAGACGUGUGCUGGGGGCUCAGCCGUGCUCCCCUGCCUGGACCCACAUGGGGAGGGCUCGGCCGUGGAGGGGGUGAGUCUGAAGCGGCAGAAGGGCCGAGCGCCUGUGGAAGUGUUGUACAACUCAAAGCAGCACGAUAGUGCCUCCACAUUCCCCCCCGAGAGGCUCCACUUGUCUACGAUGCCCAGCCGCAGCGGCAUGACCUACAACAUGACCCUGCUGCAGCUGCAGCCGGAGGACAGCGCCUUUUACAGCUGCCAGCUGCUCCUGCCCUCCCGGCCCGACAGCAGCACCGGUCUAGGGAGACGAGUGUUCUUUGUGUCAGUGCAAGGUGGUCAGUGCGGCUGCUCGAGCUACACGACUCUGCUGUACGCCCUCUCCUCAGCCGUGGCGGUACUCUUCCUGCUCCUCAUUGGAUUUGUGGUGAUUUAUCGAGGUAAAGCACGCCACAGUGUGAAACCACAGGCCCAGGCUCCUAUCUAUGAAGAGAUGGUCGGGGUAAAGCCUCUCAGUCCAAAAAAGGCCCCCUGUCAUCUGGAGGAAAUGGACGUGUCUGCGUACAGCAACUGCCUCGUGAAAUCCCGUCCAGAGAAUCACUAUGAGAGCUCCAACGGGGGCUACCACGCAGAGGAAGAGGACCCCAAAUAAGAAAGACUUGAGACUUUCAACCCAAAUGUCAAACUUGCAUCCCAGCUGGGUCACAAACUCCGCCAAGUGCCUCAAACUCAGUGGACGACGGUCGGUAUCCUGUUAAACUUGUUUACCACAAAUGGGAGAGAGACCAGCAUCUCCUGGUGAAACAAAAUGUACAAAGUGAAUUCACACCACCUUUGGAUCAACUCUGAAUGAUUUUUCCACAUGGCCACAGUGCUGUAAUUACUUUGUAUUGGUGGUUUGUAUUUUUUUGAGCUGCAUUUUUAUGAGUUUAAGCGCAUUUGGCUGCUCAUGUUAUGUUAAAAAUAUUCAGCUUUGCUCUUCUGCCGCACUUGUAUUCAACAUUCAGUCGAAUGAACUGCUGCAAAAAUCAAUCCGGAUCAAAGGUGGAGCGAAAACAAAAAAACAAAAACAGACGAGGUACUCGGUAACAGCCAAGAAAAAUUGUAAUUUUAUUAAUAUAGUCCGAAAGAAGCUCCAUAAACCAUGGAAACAAUUUUUUUUUUUCCGGUGCAUGUCCUUAACAAUCACAUUCUAUGAGGAGGAAAAAAAGAACAACAUUAAAAGCCACAACUUUGUAUCUCAGUUACAGACAUUUUUCCUAAACAUUUUUUUUUCCAAAGUAAAGAGAAAGGCAAAGGCAAAGUACCCCAUUUGCCGCACCCACCCUCCUCCCCUUAAAAAACAGAUAGCCUUAAAAGUCAUGGGCUUUUUUUUUUCAGUACAACCCACAGUGCUUUAGCAGAAGGAUAAGCGCUCAUUGGUUAAGGAUUACACAGCAUGGCGACGCAAUGUAAAGUUUGCCAUAACAUUAGAUGAUGAUGAUGAUGAUGAUGAUGAUGAUAAUGAGGAGGGUGAGGGGGAAAAAAAGAGUAUAGGAAAUUUAAGCAAGAAAUUAAAAAAAAAAAAAACCCUACAUCAAACCCUGAACCCUAGAGUCGGAGUCGACAAGCGCCCGCAGUACAAGGGCGGGGCUCGGGACUCGCUCCCUCCCACUUGUGCAUAGAUCAUGAUCCUUUAAAAACCAGCUUUAUUCCUCCACAUCAACCUGUCUCUGAAAACCUUCUGUUACAUAAGAAAUCUCUCUAUCCACUGAAUACCUGUCCGAGGAACAGACACGUUAACAAGACAGGAGAGAUGAUUUAAAAAAAAAAAA